AGUUCACAACUGUCUGACUGACAUCACACGAAGCUCCAAGACUAAUCUGAUCUGAUGAGGGCUGUGGCUUUGCCAUUAACUAGAUAUAUCAUUUUAUUUAGACAGUUUGCCGUGUGAAUUGUUUCUAUACUGGGAUCCUCGUUAUCCUUUUAAGCUCGCUGAGGAUGGCUGAGCCAAGUGGGAGAUAUCAGCAGCUGCCCAAUGAAGAGGAACCAGAGGAGGGAGCUCAGGUGGCCAGUGAUCCUCCGCCCCCUUACAGUAGUGUCGCAGCUGACAGCGCAGCAUAUUUUGAUUACAAAGACGAUGCAGCAUUUCCCAAGCCCCCAUCUUACAACGUAGCCACAUCUCUACCAUCGUACGAUGAGGCAGAGCGAACCAAAGCAGAGGCUACUAUCCCACUGGUCUCAGGCCGACACAGGGAACGUCUGGACACAUUCGAUGACGUAACUCGCUGUGCGCUGGAGGUACUCAUGGUAUUGUUCUUCCUAUCAUUCUGCCUUACAACCUCAGCAGCUGGGCGUUAUGGCGCCAUAUCUGGGUUUGGUCUGUCCCUCAUCAAAUGGAUUCUCAUUGUACGGUUCUCUGCUUAUUUCCCUGGUUACUUUGAUGGACAGUACUGGUUAUGGUGGGUGUUUCUGGUGCUUGGCAUCCUGCUCUUCCUCAGAGGCUUUAUUAACUAUGCCAAGAUCCGAAAAAUGGCAGACUCCGUUUCUACUCUUCCGCGGACCAGAGGUCUCUUCAUCUAUUAAAGUCACUUGCUGGAAAUGAAAACACAUUCACAGGCCUGCAUUGAGCCGUUGACCCAGCAGUGAAAACAUAUUUAAGAGAAAAAAAAAUCCUUCCAUCUGUUAUCUACUCAUCUAAAAGGAAGACCGCGGAAUUUCAGAGCGAUGGAGGAAGAGCAUUUUUUUUCCACCCUCUGCUUUUGAAAAUGCAGUUUGGGUGUCCGAUAGCAAGAUACUCUUUUUACGUUUCUAGAUGUAAAGUAGUGGAUGCUAACAGCUCUGUACCUGUUCUGAAAUCAUUAGUGGUUUGAUGUUGAGUGCUAUUUGCUUUUUUCAAGUCUGUAAUGUAUU